AAAUCAGUGGUAGCCUAUCACUCACUGCUUCCUGUUUUCUACGUUUGUUUUGGGAGGACUUUUAUUCUCCUAGUGAAAUACAUGCUAGGUACAUAAGGAAUUUAUCAGAGAAAUGGAAAUGUUUUUUCAUACGGCGUUGUGAUAACAGGGGCAGAAUGGGGGCGGAGAGCGACCCUGGAUCCACCCCCGCGGUGCCAUGGCGGAAGGUCCUGUACGAGCGGCAGCCGUUCCCCGACAACUACGUGGACCGGCGCUUCCUGGAGGAGCUGCGGUACAACGUGGGCGUGCGGCGGUACCGGUACUGGCCGGUGGUGCGGGAGGCCGGGCUGGUGGCGCAGCAGCUGUCCUGCGUGGCCAUCUUCCUCACGCUGUGGUCCUGCAUGGAGCAGGGCCAGCUGCCCCCGCUGCUGCUGCUGGCCGCCAGCGCGCCCUGCGCCCUGCUGGGCUACGGCGCGUACGAGGCGCUGGGGGGCCGGCGGGGGGGGUGCGCGCGCACGCGCUGGGCGGACCUGCAGAGCGCGGCCAUCUUCCUGGCCUUCACCUUCGGGUUCUCCCCGGUGCUGAAGACGCUGACGGAGUCGGUGAGCACGGACACGGUGCACGCCAUGGCCGCCCUCAUGCUGCUGGCACACCUGGUGUCCUUCCCCUACGCCUCGCCCAGCCCCCCCGGCAGCCUGUCGCUCAACGCCGCGCUCUUCGCCUCCGUCUGCCUGGCCUCGCGGCUGCCCGGCGCCCUGCACGCCUUCUCCACGCUGACGGCUGCCCUGCUGGUGUUCGCGCUCUGGCCCUGCCUGCUGCACCGGCUCGCCGCCCUGCUGCUCUCCCUCGCCCUGCUGUGCCCCCUGCUGCUCCUGCGCCUGCAGCGGCACAAGGACAACAUCCAGGGGCCCUGGGACGAGGCGGAGAUCCGCGAGGACCUGUCCCGCUUCCUGCAGUGAGGCUGGCCCGCGGGCGGAGGGGCGGAGAGAGCCGGACCCCCAGACACCCAGCGGGCGAGCGCGGGAGCAAGGAAUCGCACGCUGGAGGCUGGGAUCGCACGUACUGCUUCCAGCUACAAAUACUCUUAAAUCCUGCUGAUAACGCUGCUCAUGACGGGGCACACAGCUGACCUCCCCUCAGCAGAGCAGCUGGAAGUGGUGUCAAUCUAUUUAUUUUUGAAAUACGUAAUUCUCACUUCAUCCUAUUGAAGUCUGAACUGUAAAUUGUCUUCCAGACAAGGUACUGUUGCCUGCUGUUACACACCUACUUUUCAAAUAAACCUAAACGGAAACUGCC